UAUCCUCUGCUGCGAAUAGUUCCACCCAGUCAUUCUCGGCAACCCAUUUUCGGUAGGAUAGGGCGAGACUCGUUGCGCACACUUGCAUGCGCAUCACAGCCCGUUGAGGUGCUCAUCUUGUCUCUGGCUCACCGGCUAUCCUGCCGGUUCGUAGCCAGCAAACAUGGAGCCUCUACACAUGACUGAGUUCGGGUCCGACCGGUACCUGGAGAAGUUCCACCAGUCGCAGGCCAAUCCCGCCUCUCCAACAGCUCCCGCCGCCGCGCUCUCUCAAUCACCGUUCAUACUACCCGUCCGGGGUUCAGUUCCGUCCGAGGCAGAGGCGGCACCAAUCAAACCUGGCAACCAAAAACGUUCCGAGAAGAGAGGGUUUGGGUUUUUCAGGGCCAAGUUUCACGGCAAGACUCCCGCGGCGGCCACCGCGAGCAGCACUGAGCAUCAGGAGCAACGGCCCUCGUCGGUACAGUCGACGGCUUCCCGGAAAAGCACUCCUUUCGACCAACUCUUUAUUGCCCUUCCGAGCGAACUACAAAUCGAGAUCAUUGCAUCGCUCCCGCUCUCGGACGUGUUGAAUUUCCGGCUGGCAUCCAGAUCCCUCCACGCUCUUGUGUCGCUAAACGAGGCGCCCAUCACCCGCUAUCACCUCGACCACCAUGUGCCCGCAUACGCCAAGCGCCUCUACCCGGUUCUCGAGGGCGAGCCCCUGAACUUCCAUUACCUAUGCGGCAUCUGGCAUCGGCUACACGUCGCUGCGAAGCUGUCGUAUCUAAUAUGCGAAUGGGUGUCGAAAGAGAUGUUCCUCAGAAACACCGAGGAUAAGAAGCGGGAAUUCGCACCCCAGCGGGAACGAAUGCGACGGCGCCUAAUACCCAUGGUUUUCACCGUUUUCCAUUUCUUCGAGACGUACCGGAAACUGCACCUCAAAUACAUUGCCGAGCACGGUUACGGACUACACCAGAGCCCCUACACCGUUAACCCCAUCGAGACCGAAAUCCUCAACAUGUACGACGACCGGACGCUUUAUCAGGUCCACGAAAUCUUUCCCUUGAUAAUGUCAUCUUUCGACAGACGCCUUCGACCGCCUUCUUAUGUUGGUCGGGUGGAGCGAUCCUUGAGGGGUUAUCUCAGAGACAAACCUCCUGAGGAGGUACAUGUCGCUGUUCUCUGUCUUGGUGGCCUCCGGGAGGUGGAAAAGAUUUGGGAGGUUAAAACGUACAACGCGCGGCGCGCCGCCGUCGAUACUUGGUAUGCGUCUGUCGCCAAGGAACCUACCGAGCCGCCGGAAGGGAAAAAGCGCCGAGGGAUGCUGGGUCUAAAGCGCAAAAAGUCGUCGCUCACCUUGACCAAGACCAACUCCAACGACGCUGCACCGUCAUCUCGGAGUUCGGUCGCCGAAGGCAAGCAGCCAGAGAGUUUGGUGUUCUGCACCAGCCUAGCAGCCGGCAUGCCUAUGGGUUCCUUGGCCAAGGAUCAAUCCAAGCUACUUCUAUCCGAUCUACCCAGGCUCCGACAGAUUUGGACAGAAACCGCCGAGGCAAUGAUCCUAGACCGCGGGAUCGUCCAACGAGCAAGCGACAUCCGCCGGAAUGCUCAAAUAUUUACCAACUUGAUCAGCGAGAACAUCGCCGAGGACCAGGACCAAUGGCUUUACGGCACCACCGUAUCCGAGUCGGUACGACCGAACCUCGACGCGAUCGAGGAGGAGCCUAUGGGAUCCUGAUCUCGUCACACCACCUCCAACCUUUCUUCACACUUUUAUUCACCCCUUAUUGGGUUGGGCAGCACGUUUCAGGGUCGUGUCCCACCCACCCCUUUUUCCAUCGACCCAAUCGUCGACCACCAUCUUCACCGAACUCCC